AUGAAUGAAGUUGAACUUGGAGUUCAUACAUUCAAAAGUCAUGGUGUACAAGUUUCAAGAUAUCACCUUUAUGAUUUGCUAACUCUCAUACUUCUUCUUUUAAUGGAGAUCGUUUUGUUCCUCUUUAUUCAACCCUAUCAUAGUUUUAUUAGUCAAGAUAUGAUCACCAAUCACAAUCUUAAAUAUCCUCAUAUCUCCCAUAAUACCAUACCCAUCUGGUCUGUUCCCAUAUACACAAUUUUGCUUCCCAUUGUGGUAUUCCUUGUCUACUUUCCUCGUAAGAAAGACAUCUAUGAUCUCUAUCACAGCAUAUUAGGCUUAUUGUUCGCAGUGCUGAUAACCGGAGUCAUAACCGAAGUAAUAAAACUCUCCACUGGUCUCCCACGACCCGACUUCUUUUGGCGUUGCUUUCCAAACGGUGUCGAUAAUUAUGACAGUUUGGGAAAUGUAAUAUGCCAUGGUAACCCUAGCGUGAUCAAAGAAGGCUAUAGAACUUUUCCUAGUGGACAUACUUCAUGGUCAUUUGCGGGUCUUGGAUUCUUAACUCUAUACAUUGCCGGAAAAUUGAAGGUUUUUGAUGGAAGAGGCCACGUUUCAAAACUAUGCAUUCCCAUUAUCCCACUAAUUCUUGCUUCUCUCGUCGGAAUUUCUAUGAUCGAUGAGUAUCGUCAUCAUUGGAAAGACGUGUUCGUCGGAGGCCUUUUAGGUCUUAUAGUGGCAACAUUGUGUUACUUGCAGUUCUUCCCGCCUCCAUAUGCCAACAAUGGUUGGGGCCCUUAUGCGUAUUUUAGAGCUAUAAAUGAGACGGGCGGUGGAGGAGGAGUGGCGGCGGCAGUCGGAGUUUCUGGUAGCCAUUUGUCGGACAGUGACGGUCCUCCACCACUUGAAGAGAUACCUAUGAGCACACUUAGGGCAUAG